CCGAUUGGACGGGUAUUGUUGCCGGGUUGCUCUCAACCAAUCGCGUGCCGCGGUCGAUUUGCGGUGGCUAUAUAGGCGGUGUGACAAAGGAAAAAUCUAGACUUACCGCUUUUACGCUGGUAGUGUGACACGAGUGGUAUAUUUUCUGGACUGCUAAAAGAGCUGAACAGUCAUGCAGAUCUUCGUCAAAACCCUGACCGGGAAAACCAUCACGCUCGAGGUGGAGCCGAGCGACACGAUUGAAAACGUGAAGGCUAAGAUUCAAGACAAGGAGGGGAUCCCGCCCGACCAGCAACGUCUGAUCUUCGCCGGCAAGCAGCUUGAAGACGGACGCACCUUGUCCGACUACAACAUUCAGAAGGAGUCCACCCUCCACCUGGUCCUGCGGCUGCGCGGAGGCAUGCAGAUUUUCGUCAAGACCCUCACUGGCAAGACGAUCACGCUCGAGGUUGAGCCGAGCGACACGAUCGAAAACGUGAAGGCGAAAAUCCAGGACAAGGAGGGAAUCCCCCCGGAUCAGCAGCGUCUGAUCUUCGCCGGCAAGCAACUCGAGGACGGCCGUACCCUCUCUGACUACAACAUCCAGAAAGAGUCCACCCUUCACCUGGUCCUGCGUCUGCGCGGUGGCAUGCAGAUCUUCGUCAAAACCCUCACCGGCAAGACAAUCACACUGGAGGUGGAGCCCAGCGACACAAUCGAGAACGUGAAAGCCAAAAUUCAGGACAAGGAAGGCAUUCCUCCCGAUCAGCAGCGUCUGAUCUUUGCCGGCAAGCAGCUCGAAGAUGGCCGAACCCUGUCGGAUUACAAUAUCCAGAAAGAGUCCACCCUUCACCUGGUCCUGCGUCUGCGCGGUGGCAUGCAGAUCUUCGUCAAAACCCUCACCGGCAAAACCAUCACGCUGGAAGUCGAGCCCAGUGACACAAUUGAAAAUGUCAAAGCCAAAAUCCAGGACAAGGAAGGGAUCCCCCCGGAUCAGCAGCGUUUGAUCUUCGCCGGCAAGCAACUCGAAGAUGGCCGCACCCUGUCGGACUACAACAUCCAGAAGGAGUCCACCCUACACUUGGUUCUCCGGCUCCGCGGUGGCAUGCAGAUCUUCGUUAAGACUCUGACCGGCAAGACGAUCACACUGGAGGUGGAGCCCAGUGACACGAUCGAGAACGUGAAGGCGAAAAUUCAGGACAAGGAAGGUAUUCCUCCCGAUCAGCAGCGUCUGAUCUUUGCUGGCAAGCAGCUCGAAGAUGGUCGUACCCUGUCGGACUACAACAUCCAGAAAGAGUCUACCCUCCAUCUGGUGCUGCGACUGCGUGGUGGCAUGCAAAUCUUUGUAAAGACUCUGACCGGCAAGACCAUCACCCUCGAAGUUGAGCCCAGUGAUACCAUCGAAAACGUCAAGGCAAAGAUCCAAGACAAGGAGGGCAUUCCACCUGACCAGCAGCGUCUCAUCUUCGCCGGCAAACAACUCGAGGACGGCCGCACGCUGUCAGACUACAACAUCCAGAAAGAGUCCACCCUUCAUCUUGUGCUGCGACUUCGUGGUGGCAUGCAAAUUUUUGUAAAAACUCUGACCGGCAAGACCAUUACUCUCGAGGUCGAGCCCAGUGACACCAUCGAAAACGUGAAAGCCAAGAUCCAGGACAAGGAAGGGAUUCCUCCGGACCAACAGCGUCUCAUCUUUGCCGGCAAGCAGCUUGAGGACGGUCGUACCCUGUCGGACUACAACAUCCAGAAAGAAUCCACCCUCCACCUGGUUCUGCGGCUCCGCGGUGGAAUGCAAAUCUUCGUGAAGACCCUGACGGGGAAGACCAUCACCCUGGAGGUCGAGCCCAGCGACACCAUCGAGAACGUAAAGGCUAAGAUCCAGGACAAGGAAGGCAUUCCCCCGGACCAGCAGCGUCUCAUCUUUGCUGGAAAGCAGUUGGAAGAUGGCCGAACCCUGUCCGAUUACAACAUCCAAAAGGAGUCCACCCUCCACCUUGUCCUGCGUCUCCGUGGUGGCCAGUGAAAGAACUUUUUUUUUUUUAAUUUUAGUGUCCGAGGUUUUUUUUUUUUUUCGAGAGAGGAGCAAAGAACUAUAUCUCAGUACCCUGAAGAAGCUAACUGCUUUUUAUUUUGUUAGGCUUCUUUGAUGUGACGAGCAAAUAAAUUUUGUUCAGGUUCAGUGCACCAGA